AUUAAGGAGGAUGCCUCGUGUUCACAAAAAUAUAACUUAACAAAUGCAGUAUCAAAUCUAACCAGUAUGAUGUAUCACUAUACAUCUAAAUGUUCUCUUCCUCUUUUCUUUCCUCCAUCUGAAAUAUAUACCCUCUCAACCUUUGAAAUAUUUUUUUUUAUCAAACUAAGAACUUGAGCAAAUAGAUGGCAGUCUCUAGCACAGAUGAUUUUCAGGACAGAGUUCAGGAAAGUUAUGACAGAAUGAGUGAGUUAAAAGCCUUUGAUGAUACUAAGGCCGGUGUCAAAGGGCUUGUCGAUGCUGGAAUUACUAAGGUGCCUCGAAUAUUCAUCCAGCCAACACAAAUCCAGGAGUCCUUAAAUAGCUGCGCGACAAAGUUCAUUUUUCCAGUGAUAGAUCUUGAAGGCUUUGAUAAAGAUCCAAUGAAGCAUAAAGAGAUUGUGGAAAAAGUUCGAGAUGCAUCGGAGACAUGGGGUUUCUUCCAAGUGGUUAAUCAUGGUAUUCCAUUAUCUGUCCUUGAAGAAAUGUUGCAAGGAACACGGCGAUUCUUUGAGCAAAAUAUUGAGAUUAAGAAACAAUUUUAUACGCGAGAUAAUACCAAAAAAGUCGUUCAUGUUAGCAAUUUUGACUUGUAUAGGCCUUCUGUUCCAGCUGCAAAUUGGAGAGACUCAAUUUUCUGUUUGAUAGCUCCUAAUCAUCCUAGUCCAGAAGAAUUGCCCACAGAAUGCAGGGAAAUACUAAUGGAGUUCUCUAAGCAUGUCAUGAAAUUGGGCAUAUCCUUAUUUGAAUUAUUGUCUGAGGGUCUUGGUCUCGAUCUAUCUCAUCUUACAAAUAUGGAUUGUGCUGAGGGACUACGCGUUUUGGGUCAUUACUAUCCAGCAUGCCCUCAGCCAGAACUCACAAUGGGCACUAGUAAACAUUCUGACAAUGAUUUUAUCACAGUGCUUCUGCGAGAUGAUAUUGGAGGACUACAAGUUCUUCACCAGAAUCAGUGGGUCGAUGUCCCUCCUACGCCUGGUGCACUUGUGGUGAAUAUUGGAGAUCUUAUGCAGCUGAUAUCAAAUGACAAGUACAUAAGUGUUGAGCACAGAGUAUUGUCAAAUAAAGUUGGACCAAGAAUAUCAGUUGCAUGUUUCUUCUACACCAGUUCAUUGCCAACUUCCAAGAUUUAUGGGCCAAUUAAGGAAUUGUUAUCAGAAGAUAAUCCUCCAAAAUAUCGCGCAACCACAGUGAAAGACUAUGCUGAUUACUUCUGCGAUAAAGGUCUAGAUGGAACUUCUGCAUUGUUGCACUACAAGAUCCAGCCAUAGUAAUGUAAUCAUGGAAAGUAGGUUAGGAGAAUCUAAUUUUCAUGUUCUAAAGUAAGAUAUUUCUUAUGUUUAAGCUUCACAGAUGGUGAAAAGAAGCACUUUUAUUAUCUUUAUGGAUGAUUAUAUUUUUGACUAAUCUAUUCGAAAAUUGAGCGUGAUAUAUU